CGGCCUGCCGCAUCCCGCCGCCCUUCUCCUCCUUUUCCUUCUCUCUCCUUUCCUUCCUUCCUUCCGCCCAGCGCAAUGGAGCCGGGGCGCGGGUCCGCGGCGGCGCUGCUGGUGCUGCUGUGCGCGGGCUGCGCGCUGCGCUCCGGGCGCGCCCAGUACGAGCGCUACAGCUUCCGUAGCUUCCCGCGGGACGAGCUGAUGCCACUAGAGUCGGCCUACCGGCACGCGCUGGACCAGUACAGCGGCGAGCACUGGGCGGAGAGCGUGGGCUACCUGGAGAUCAGCCUGCGGCUGCACCGCCUACUGCGCGACAGCGAGGCCUUUUGCCACCGCAACUGCAGCGCGGCGCCCCAGCCCGAUCCCGCCGCCGGCCUCGCCCGCUACCCAGAGCUGCGCCUCUUCGGAGGCCUGCUGCGCCGAGCGCACUGCCUAAAGCGCUGCAAGCAGGGCCUGCCAGCCUUCCGCCAGUCGCAGCCCAGCCGCGAAGUGCUGGCGGAUUUCCAGCACCGGGAGCCCUACAAGUUUCUGCAGUUCGCCUACUUCAAGGCAAAUAAUUUUCCGAAAGCCAUUGCAGCUGCCCACACCUUUCUACUGAAGCACCCUGAUGACGAAAUGAUGAAGAGAAACAUGGCUUAUUACAAGAGCUUGCCUGAUGCUGAGGACUACAUUAAAGACUUGGAAACCAAGUCAUACGAGAGCCUGUUCAUCCGGGCGGUGCGGGCGUACAAUGGCGAGAACUGGAGGACAUCCAUCACAGACAUGGAGCUGGCCCUUCCCGACUUCUUCAAAGCCUUCUAUGAGUGUCUUGCAGCGUGUGAGGGCUCCAGGGAGAUCAAGGACUUCAAGGAUUUCUAUCUUUCCGUAGCAGAUCAUUAUGUAGAAGUUCUGCAAUGCAAAAUACAAUGCGAAGAGAACCUCACCCCAAUUAUAGGAGGCUAUCCAGUGGAGAAAUUUGUGGCAACCAUGUAUCACUAUUUGCAGUUCGCUUAUUAUAAGUUGAGUGACCUGAAGAACGCGGCCCCCUGUGCGGUCAGCUACCUGCUCUUCGACCACGACGACAAGGUCAUGCAGCAGAACCUGGUGUAUUACCAGUACCACAGGGACAAGUGGGGUCUGUUGGAUGAUCAUUUCCAGCCCAGACCUGAAGCAGUUCAGUUCUUUAACGUGACUACACUCCAGAAAGAGCUAUAUGACUUUGCUAAGGAAAACAUAAUGGAUGAUGAUGAGGGAGAGGUUGUGGAAUACGUGGAUGACCUCUUGGAGCUGGAGGAGACUGGCUAGUCCACAGCAGCCAAAGAGACGUCCCCUCGAUGUUCAGGAAACACAGAUUCUUUGUCUUCCUUUACCCAGUAACCCAAGUUGUUGAUACCUCAAAGCCUUCUCUUUACUCUAUGACGUGAAAGGGAAGGCCCCGUCUCUCACUAUAUGUAACAAGGGGUGAGCCUGCCUUCCCUGUGACCGUACCUGCUCCCCAUCUUCACAUCUGUCUGCCCAUCUUCAAACCUGCCUUCUCCAUGUCCAUACCCGCCUUUCUCACCAUUUUGGAUGGAAGGACAGUCUUCCAUUUUUUUUCCCCCCACAGAAAAUCAGUAUUAUUUUUUAAAUACGAAAAAUACUCCUAAAAGAUGAUAAUUGUGAAAAUCUACUGUGGCCUUUCUGCUUUUCUAGUUUUUAGUCUUUUUUAUCCCCAUGCCCUGAUCCAAGAAAGAUGAUGGAAGACAAAGGCUAAACUUCUCCACAUCCCAUGAUGGUCUACACAUAAUCUGACCGGCAUCAUUUCAGGCACUCAUUGAAAAAGAAGUUGGCUAACAGUGUAGCAUGCAGAAAUAUAGCUUUCGCCCAACACUUUUGCAUCUCCAAAGUCUUGCAGUAGGUGGUCGAUUCCAUUUGAGGACAAUAUGUAGCUCUUGUCUCAGAUUUGGAAACAGAAGAAAGCAGACGAGUCUAGCUUCAGUCUUUUGACAAAUAUUUAUUGAGUACCUACUAUGUGCUAGGCAUUGACCUGGAACUGGAGAUACUGCACAAAACAAUAGCAAAAAAGCUCUGCCCUUGCGAAGCCUACAUUCUGUAAGGAGAAACAGAUAAGAAAUAAACAAGAAUAACUACGCGGA